GACCGGCGCCGGCCGCCUCACGCAGCCUUCGGUUGGGCCUCAGGCACCGCGCGGGAUCUGCCCCAAAACAACCGUGUUUGCGGGGAAAACAACAGAACAACCCCUUCCCUCAACGGGCAAGCUGGACAAACACCCAGAAAAGCUCAUAAAGAAGCAACGAGUUUCAUUUCCUUCCAAAACAGCGCGUCAGCAAAAACAACCCCUGGCAGCUCGCCGAGGAAGCAGCUGAUGUGAGGGGAAAACAGCGAGUUUCGCCCCAAAACCACCCUUCUCCUGGAGGAAAAGAAGAAAAGCUACGGCUUUGUCGCCGUGUCCCCGCAGUUCGGUCCCCGCUCGGAGCCGGGCGCGAUGGAGGCGCGGCGCUGGAGGGAUGAGCCCCGAGGGAAUGUGUCCGACUGCCCCAACGGCUCCCGCUGGGUGAUGGAGGUGUUUGAUGAGUGUGCUCAGGACGGCCGGGACAUCGCCAGUAUCGUGCUGGGGUUGGUUUCCAUCCUCUGCUUUGCGGCUGCGUCUUUUCCGCAGUUUUACCAAGCCUGUAAAACAGGCAUCAUGGACCAGGCUCUCUCCAUAUAUUUCCUGCUGGGAUGGCUGGGUGGAGACCUCCUCAACCUCAUCGGUUCCUUCCUGGCUCAUCAGCUGCCACUGCAGGUUUACACGGCUGUUUACUACGUGCUUGCAGACCUGCUGAUGCUCUCUCUCUACUGCUACUACAAAGUGAAGAACCAGGGUAGAGGAUUUGCUGCCCAGAUCAAUGCAGUUUUCAUCUUCCUUUCCCUGGGGAUGGUGUCGACUGUUUCCUUCCUGGGCAGAGGAGCUGCCAUGGCCCAGGAGCCAGCAACAUUUAGAGGGAGGUCUCUGCUGUCUGCUCACGUGGAUGAGUCUGGGUCAAAGCCUUUCACCAGGAGCGAGAUCGUUGGGUUCACCAUCGGCUCCGUCUCCUCCAUGCUGUACCUGUGCUCCCGAGUGCCCCAGAUCUACACGAACUACAAAAGGAAAUCCACCACUGGGGUCUCCUACUCUCUCUUUGCCCUGGUGAUGCUGGGGAACUCGCUUUAUGGCCUCAGUGUCCUCCUGAAGAACCCUGAGCCGGGACAAGGGGAAGGUGACUACGUCCUGCACCACUUCCCCUGGCUGGUGGGCAGCCUGGGUGUCCUUGCCCUCGACAUGGUUAUCUCCUUCCAGUUCCUUGCUUAUCAGAAAGGAAGAGCCAGUACCCACGAGGAGAGGGAUGCUCUUCUUGGUGAGCAACGUGACAGCCUGGAGAGCUGACAAAGGGACCUGCCCUAGAGAACAGGGUGAUGCUGAUGAGAAAACGGGGCUUAAUGCUGGACAGUCCAGCCCCUCCAUCCUGGUGCCUUUGGGAGAAGACCUGAGCCCGUGGGUGAGGUGUUGUGCUGCUGAGACAUUAAGCCCAGGUGGCAGAGGAUGCUGCUGAGAAGCCUCCUGCCUCUUUGGUACCAAUGAUGUUAUCAGGAUAAUCAGGGAAUUAUUUGAUACCUCAAAAGAUGGCUCUUUGCUGCUCUUACACCCAGAAGCUCGAUCACUUCUGCUUUAUCUGCUGCCUCUCAGGGGUGAUCUGGAGCUUCCUCAGUACUGGCAAACCUGAGAAGAGCCUGAGGGGCUGCAGGGAGGGGACAAAGAUGACUGAUCUGCCAUGAGCACCCUUACCUCUGUGAGCCUCACAUCUCCACCAAUGGGCCCUUUCUGGAAGAUAAAGCAGUGGCUGGAACCACUUGAGCAGGAAGGAGCAGCGUAACCAAAGUGAUUCAGUCCACUCAUACCGGUUUUAAUUAGCACACUUGCAGGGCUAUAAAACAAGUCCAUGCCCCA